AUGCCUCGAACAUCCUUCGAGCAUUCGAUUCCUUCGACAGCACUCGACAACCUUGAUCGAGGCCCGCCGAUUCUUUCCGGAGCCGUGUCGGCGGGAUGCGAUGCAGAGAUUGACGGAAGAUCCGAGACGAUCACGGUUCAAUUUGAUGCCCGUGCUCCUGUCCCUGCUGUUGUCGUUGUGAGGCCACCGGUUACAGUUGCACAGCUUUUAAAGAUGAUCGAACGGAUUGCCGUGGUUUCGAUUGCCGCCGCAAAAUCCAACACAUACCUUAGAUCGGUAGCUCACCCAAUGUCGUCAACCCACCUGCCUCCAGGCGCAUCCGCCGCGGACGAUGACGAUCCUGUCGUUGCGAGCUACUCCGUUUUCAUCAAGCCGACCCUCCCCGAGCACCGCAAUCUCGUCGUCCUCCAAUACGUAACAAAAACUGCCCAAGACCCUGCCCAGAUCCGCGUACCACGAAUCAGCGAGCUGCGAACAAAGCCCGACACCGGCAUGUACGAGGUCGACGUGCCCAUCGACACGACCGAGGCCUACGACCGGGCCAAGGGCAUGGUGUGGGGCACCGCCUUGCAAAAAUCCAUAGAGACCAAGAAGGGCGGUAGCCUGGGUCUCGCCGGCGGUUUCAACAUGGUUGCGACCGCCACCGGCGCGAGGGGCCGCCGAGGCGGUGCGGGCGCCGACGACGAACCCCUCCCGACCACCUGGGCCGAAGCAGCGCGGCAGGACAAGGUGCUGCGCAACCAGACCUACGGCGGCGUCCGCAGCGCCGAGGAAGAAAACACCCGCCACAUGAUCGGUGUCUUUUCAAGGGAGUAA